AAAAAGCUGGAUUUGCGAAAAUGGUGUGAAACAGGUAAACCUCCUUAUUCCAAAAAUGUUGCAAGCGGAAGUAUACACCUUAUACUCAUCACACUGUAAGAAGCAAAAAUGUUUUCGACCCCUUCUAAGAAAUCCUCCUUCAGAUCCCGCAAAAAUGUCGCUAACCGGAGAGACGACGAUUCCACUCCGGUGGCCGGCAACCGGAGACCACUGCUCGACAGCCCAGCCGUCCCAAACCGUCCCGCCAGUGGGACCCCCGCCCCUUGGGCCUCUCGCCUUUCCGUCCUCGCUAGAGUCCCGCCGGCCAAGAGAAGUUUCAGAGGAUAUGACGUAGAUGCUGUUGAACCUGUCUAUGUUGGGAAGUUCCCUCAAGUAUUACGUAUCGCACAAAUGACAGUUCAGAAUUAUGGUCAUGUUCGUGUGGCAGCUGAUGCAUCUGUCGCUGGUGGAAUGGACAAGGAGACAUCCCUAGCAUGGAUCAUUUGUGGAAACGGUCUCUUAUCAUCUGCUGCUUCAAGAAAAUGUAUCAACAUUGACCUAACGUCUGUUAAAGAAGAAAUUGGAGACGUGAGCAGCAGCUCAUUUCAACCUAACAAUUGGUUAGUCCGUUUUGUCAACUGGGACAGCUUGAAGAAAGCUGGUAGCAUCACUGUCCAACAGCUCAAUUCAGCUGGGAUUAUAUUGUGUAACAAAAAAACUGGUGCUCUACUUUUCUGGCCAGAUAUCUCAAAUGCUGAUAGGAUGCUUCCAUUCACGUCUCGUGCCUUUUCCGACAAGCUUGGCAAUAAUGCUGCAAAAUCAUUUUAUAUUAACUCUUUGAUAACUUCACCUGUCUCGUCUACCAACAAAAGUUGUAUUGCACUUGCAUGUAGUUCUAAUGGUGAACUUUGGAGAUUCUUUUGUAGCCCUUCUGGUAUUCAACUUGAACAGAUUGAGCAUGGCAUGUCAAAUAAAUUUUCUGAAGGAAAUAGUAAGGGUUCACCUGUGGCAAGUAAAGGCUAUCCUAGGUCACUGAUUUGGCAGUUUCCUAGUCAUUCAUCGGAUGACACUACAAAACAGUUCCUUCUGCUAACUAAUCACGAGAUACAGUGCUAUGCAGUAAAGCUUUCCUCUGAUUUAGAUGUGGUAAAGCUUUGGACUCAUGAAAUCAUCGGCGUUGAUGGUGAUUUGGAUCUACCAAAAAACCUUGCUGGCCAAAAGAGGUGGCCCCUUGAUUUGGCUGUUGAUAGUGAUGGCAAGGUAAUAUUUGUUCUAAUUGCCUUCUUUUGCACGGAUCGGGUGACCAGUUCAAGUUGCUUUGAGUAUUCCCUUCAGACCAUGCAAUACAAAUCUGGAGUAGAUAUAGCAAAGCCAAUAGGCAAACAGAUACUGGAGAAAAAGGAUCAUGACCAAUUUCUUAUGCCUAAAGCUAGAGUAGAGGAUGAGGAAUUUUUAUUCUCAAUGAGAUUAAAGGUAGGUGGAAAGCCAGCUGGUUCUGCUAUUGUAGUCACAGGUGAUGGUACUGCAACAGUUUCUAACUAUCGGGGAAACUCCACCAAGCUUUUCCAUUUUGAUUUGCCCAUUGAUGCUGGAAAAGUUCUUGAUGCUUCAGUAUUCCCUUCCCUUGAGGAAAGUGAAGAUGGCACUUGGGUUGUGCUCACUGAGAAAGCUGGAGUUUGGGUCGAACCACCCGAACGAAGCUUGUCACGAAAAUGGAGUUCUAAUGAUGGAUCUCUACAGGAGGAAAGGAGCAUUUCUGUUUCUGGAAACAUUGCUGCAAAAAGAGCCAGUCCAGAAGCUUGGGAAACAGGUGAUAGGCAACGAGGUGCACGUCGUAGCCCUCAAGACGAGGAAUCGGAAUAUUUACUAAGCCAGUUGUUCCAUGAAUUUCUCUUGUCUGGACAGGUUGAUGGUGUCCUUGAUAAAUUGAAAAAUUCAAGGGCUUUUGAAAGAGAGGGAGAGAUAAAUGUAUUUGCCAGGAUGAGCAAAUCAAUUGUUGACACCUUAGCUAAACACUGGACGACAACCAGGGGAUCUGAGAUUCCUCUAUCUGUUGUGUCCACUCAACUAGUUGAUAAGCAACAAAAGCAUCAGAGGUUUCUUCAGUUCCUUGCUUUGUCCAAAUGCCAUGAGGAAUUAUGUCACCGACAGAGACAAUCUAUGCAAAUUAUGAUGGAACAUGGGGAAAAGCUUGCAAGCAUGAUUCAACUGAGAGAACUUCUAAAUGCAACUAGCCACGCUACCGAAUCUGGGGUUGGCUCAGAUGCUCGGACUUCUGGAGCUCUAUGGGAUCUUAUCCAUUUAGUUGGUGAGAGGGCCCGCCGGAACACAGUUCUUUUGAUGGAUAGGGAUAAUGCUGAAGUAUUCUAUAGUAAGGUCUCAGAGCUCGAGGAUCUGUUUCAUUGCUUAGAGGGAAACCUAGAACAUAUCAUCACCCAAAAUAAGCCUAUUAUUCUGCAAUCUCAAAGAGCUUGUGAACUUGCAAAUGCAUGUGUUACAAUCUUCCGUGCAGCCGUUGACUAUAGGGCUGAUCACCACUUGUGGUACCCUCCACCCGAGGGCUUGACACUGUGGUAUUCAAAUUUUGUUGUGUGGAGUGGGCUGUGGAAUCUUUCAUCAUUCAUGCUUCAAUUGCUUAGUGGAACAGAACGGCUUAAAGUUUCUAUCAUACUUGAUUUUUACUCGAAUCUUGUAGUACUCUCAGAGAUACUACUCGAAUCAUAUUUUAAUGCUAUCACAGCAAAAGUCGAUCGGAAAGAAGAUCAUCGAAGUCUGUUAGAGGAGUACUCAAAAUGUAGAGAUACUCUUCUCGACUCCCUUUAUAAGCAAGUGAAAUAUUUCAUACAGGUGAAGUUACAGGAUUCACCUGAGGAAAAGGAGGAAUUGAAUAAGGAUACUCUGAUGACAUUUUCUUCAAAGUUACUGUCAAUUGCAAAACGCCAUGAGGGCUAUCAGACUAUGUGGAACAUAUGCUAUGACCUCAACGAUUUUGAACUCCUCCAUGAGUCUGAUGUGCAUGAAAACAUCGGACCAAAAGGAGGUUUCAGUUGCUUUGUAUUCAAACAACUCUAUGAUAGUAAACAAUUAUCAAAACUAAUGCGGCUGGGUGAAGAGUUUCCUGACGAGCUUGCUACAAUUCUGAGGCAGCAUCCCGAUCUUCUUUGGCUUCACGAGUUGUUUCUUCGUCAAUUUUCCUCAGCAUCUGAAACUUUACAUGCAUUAUCUAAUUUAUCUCUUCCUAAGGAUAACAGAUCAGUUUCAGAUACUGAUGAGACUGAACCUAGUGGCCCACAACCUAAAUCAACUUUGGCUAGAAGAAAGCAUUUUUUGAUUCUCGCAAAACUAUCAGCAAUGGCAGGAAGAGAAGUUGGCGACGAGCUAAAGGUGAAGCGUAUUGAAGCUGAUCUGAAUUUUCUACAAGUGCAGGAAGAAAUAGUGAGGCUUUUACACGAUGAUAAUAAGGACAAGCAAUUUAUGGUGCAGCAGCUUCUUGAUCCGCUGGAACUCAUCAGAAUGUGUCUUAAAAUCAACAAGCGGGAGCUUUCUUUGCGACCCUUCGAUAUAUUCUUUUGGAUGAGUGCGUCCUUUCUCAGAAGCUACGCAGUUGUUUUGGAGGAGUGCUGGAGAAAUGCUGCAAGUCAAGAUGAUUGGAAGAGACUGUAUGGCUUGUCCAUGACUGAGGGCUGGAGUGACGAGAGAACCUCUGAGGUUCUCGAGCAAACUGUACUUUUCCAUGCUGCCAGAAAAUGUUAUGGGCCUCACUCAAAAAAUUUUAAUGUGAAAUUCGAUGAGGUGCUCCCGUUGAGGUCGGAAACGAUUCAAGUCUGGUCUGUGGAAGAUGCCUUAAUGAUGCACAAGGAUUAUUUUGAUUCGGGCAAGCUGAUGCUGACCGCUAUCCUGCUCGGGAGUGUUUGACCAAGGUUCUUGUGUCAGAAGUUGGAUUUGGGCUUUUUUGAUACCCAACUUUUGCAGAUUGAGAUGGCUAUUGAUAGUUUGAUAGUGGUUGGGUGUAAGGUUUGUGUGUGCAGCACCGAAGGAGAAAAAAAUGAAGAAUAUUUUACCCUUUUUAGUCUGAAAUUUCUGUUUCUAUAAAGUUUGAUAUGAUUAAACGU